AUGAUCAUCCGGUCCACGACAGUGGCCAAGGCGGCUGCUAAAACAGCUUCACGUAGCUCCUCCGCCAUCAACUCGUCCCUUGCCGCCACCAGCUUCUCCUCCCUUCAAGCCCGCAGUUAUGCAACUGUCCAAGAAGGAGCACCUCAACAGAGACACUACGGAGGUUUGAAAGACCAGGACCGCAUAUUCCAGAACCUCUAUAGCCACCACGGGACGGAUCUAAAGUCGGCCAUGAAAUAUGGCGACUGGUAUAAAACCAAGGAGAUCGUGUUGAAGGGCCACGACUGGUUGAUCAAUGAGAUUAAAGCUUCAGGACUGAGGGGAAGAGGUGGUGCGGGCUUUCCAUCUGGGUUAAAAUUUUCGUUCAUGAAUUUCAAGGGUUGGGAAAACGACAAGAAGCCACGAUAUCUGGUAGUGAAUGCCGAUGAAGGCGAGCCUGGGACAUGUAAAGAUCGAGAAAUCAUGCGCAAGGACCCUCACAAGCUCGUUGAGGGUUGCCUGGUCGUUGGCCGUGCCAUGAACGCUACGGCAGCAUACAUCUACAUUCGUGGCGAGUUCUACCAUGAGGCGACAGUUCUGCAGCGAGCAAUCCAAGAGGCGUACAAAGAAGGCUUGAUCGGAAAAAACGCUUGCGGGUCAGGAUAUGAUUUCGACGUCUACCUCCAUCGAGGUGCCGGAGCGUACGUUUGUGGUGAAGAGACGUCACUGAUUGAAUCUCUCGAGGGCAAAGCCGGAAAACCGCGCCUGAAACCACCCUUCCCCGCCGCCGUUGGUCUCUUUGGCUGCCCUAGCACUGUGACAAAUGUCGAGACUGUCGCUGUGUGCCCGACCAUCAUUCGCCGGGGUGGGAAAUGGUUCGCUGGUUUUGGUCGCGAGAGGAACCAGGGCACCAAACUCUUCUGCAUCUCCGGACACGUCAACAACCCAACCACAGUGGAGGAGGAGAUGUCAAUCCCACUGCGUGAGCUCAUCGAGAAACACUGCGGAGGCGUCCGUGGCGGAUGGGACAACCUCCUCGCAAUCAUCCCCGGCGGCUCGUCGACACCCAUCCUACCCAAGAAGAUCUGCGAUGACCAGCUCAUGGACUUCGAUGCCCUCAAGGACAGUCAAUCCGGUCUAGGCACAGCAGCAGUGAUCGUGAUGGACAAAUCCACUGAUGUUGUCCGCAUGAUCGCACGCUUGUCACAAUUUUAUAAACACGAAUCUUGCGGUCAAUGCACGCCAUGCAGAGAAGGUAGCUCAUGGACGGCCAAGAUGAUGCAAAGGUUUGAAAAGGGCCAAGCGAGGGCGCGAGAAAUCGACAUGCUCCAGGAGCUGACCAAACAGGUCGAAGGCCAUAGUAUUUGCGCUUUAGGGGAAGCAUUCGCCUGGCCUAUUCAAGGUUUGAUCCGACAUUUCCGCCCGGAACUCGAGGCACGGAUCAAAGAGUACGGCCUUUCCAACAGCGGCGAGACCCUCGCUGGCGGUUGGCCGCAAGACUCUGGGAAGAAAGGACUGUUGGUCGCACCCGGGCAAUAG